GUGGACUGACUUCGUUCAGACCAGAACCCAUGAAGGUCCGUGAUGGGUUAGUUUUUAGGCUUUAAGGUGGAGAUUGGGGUCAGACCAUCGUCCGUCUCACCCCCAUGUGUGGACUCUAGCCUCUCUGUGUGCGGCUCAGAGUCCCUCCGCGGAAUGGGAACUACUUUUUCAAAAGCGGACAUCUAAUUUAACGGUACUUGAACGCAACAUUCCGGACCUCCGGCACACUUGAGCCUAAAAAUCCCUUUUUAUCUCGAAGAGUGAGUCUGAGUGAGCCAGGUCUGGAGUCAGGAUGACCCUGUUGUGGCUCUUCAUUGUUCUGAAUGCUGAGAGCUUUCUGACAGUGUUGUCAACACCAGGAAACAUUUACACCAACCACUGGGCUGUGAGGAUCCCAGGAGGACCAGGACAGGCGGACAGAGUCGCUGCUAAAUACGGAUAUGUCAACCUGGGACAGAUAGGAAGUCUGGAGGAUCAUUACCAUUUCCACCACAGCAGAGUGGUUCGCAGAGCUGCCAUCGCCUUUAAGGGCCCUCACAGCUUCAUCCAUCUGGACCCAGAGGUGCACUGGGCUGAGCAGCAGGUAGUCAAACCAAGAGUAAAAAGGCAAAUCCAAAGUGAAACAAGCUUCAUUCAUUUCAGUGAUCCAAAAUGGUCCAACAUGUGGUACAUUCACUGUGAGGAUAAGAGCAGCCGCUGUCGCUCAGAGAUGAACAUCCUGGCAGCCUGGCAGAGGGGCUACACCGGCAAGAACGUGGUGGUCACCAUAUUGGAUGAUGGCAUUGAAAGGAACCACCCUGAUCUAGCUCAGAACUAUGACCAUCUAGCAAGUUAUGAUGUUAACGGGAACGACCAUGAUCCAACACCACGAUAUGACUCCAGGAAUGAAAACAUACAUGGAACUCGGUGUGCAGGUGAAGUUGCAGCAGCAGCCAAUAACACCCACUGCAUUGUUGGAGUUGCCUACAACGCUCACAUUGGAGGGAUUCGGAUGCUGGAUGGUGAUGUGACUGAUUUAGUGGAGGCUAAAUCCCUGGGAAUCCGCCCCAACUACAUUGACAUCUACAGUGCCAGCUGGGGGCCAAAAGAUGAUGGAAAGACAGUGGACGGUCCAGGGAAGCUAACUAAGAGAGCUUUUGAGCAAGGCAUCACAAAGGGCCGUAAAGGCCUCGGGUCCAUUUUUGUCUGGGCAUCGGGUAACGGUGGUCAGCAGGGAGAUCACUGUUCAUGUGACGGCUAUACCAGCAGCAUCUACACAAUCUCCGUGUCUAGCACCACAGAGAAUGGAAACAAGCCCUGGUACCUGGAGGUCUGCAGUUCCAUCAUGGUCACAACCUACAGCAGUGGAGAGUUUUAUGAGAGGAAGAUUGUAACCACUGACAUUCGACAUCGCUGCACUGACACUCACACUGGCACCUCUGUCUCUGCUCCCAUCGUGGCCGGAGUCAUCGCCCUUGCCCUGGAGGCCAACCUUUUGCUGACAUGGAGGGACGUGCAGCACCUGCUGGUGAGGACAUCCAGACCGGUUCACCUGAGAGCUGACGACUGGAAAACCAAUGCUGCUGGACACAGAGUCAGCCACCUGUUUGGGUUUGGCCUGGUGGAUGCAGAAGCCAUGGUGCUUGAGGCAAAGAAGUGGAGGACUGUUCCUACUCAACACACCUGCAGACAUUCACCUGAGCGACGCAUCAGGCACAUCCAUGCUGGCCAAAGCCUGAACAGCAGCAUUUCCACCACUGGCUGUUCAGAAGAACCUGAGCAACAUGUUGAUUACCUGGAGCACGUGGUGGUCAGGGUCCUGUUAGUCCACCCACGACGGGGAGACCUGGAGAUCAACCUCAUCUCACCAUCUGGGACCAAAUCACAGCUUCUGGCCAGGAGAUUGGUUGACAAUUCCAACGAAGGAUUCAGAAAUUGGGAGUUCAUGACGGUUCAUUUCUGGGGUGAGAGAGCUGCUGGCACAUGGACUUUAGAGAUCAUCGACACACCGUCAAAGCUACGCAACCCCAACGUGCUGGGCAACCUGAAAGAAUGGACUCUGAUCCUUUAUGGCACGUCUGAGAACCCGUACCAGCUCAACAGUGCUCAGCGUUCCCGUUCAAGGAUGUUAGAGACCCCAGCCGAGGAGGCAGUCCCGGAGCAGCCAGGGCUGGAGGAGGAGGAGGAAGAAGAAGAGUACAAUGGUCCGUGCCACGGUGAAUGUGGAGACCAGGGCUGUGACGGUCCAGAUGCUGUCCACUGUCUGAACUGUGUUCAUUUCAGCUCAGGGAACUUGAAGAGCGGCAGAACCUGUGUGAGCCACUGUCCUCUGGGGCUCUACGGGGAUGUGACGUCUCGUCGCUGCAGACGCUGCUAUAAAGGCUGUGAGAGAUGCAUUGGCUCAUCAGCAGGUGCCUGUCUCUCCUGUCGUAGAGGACUUUACCUUAACCCACUCAACUCCAGCUGCACUGAUACCUGUGCCCCAGGAUACUAUGCUGAUGAGAAUCAGAGACGGUGUCUGCGGUGCCAUGAGCUCUGUGUGAGAUGCCUGAGGUAUGCAGACAGAUGCACAGCCUGCAGAGAAGGAUACAGUUUAGCAGGGAUGACUUGUGUUCCUGAAUGCACCAGUGGGACCUUUUUCCAUCUGGAGGAGAUGACUUGCAGUCUCUGCCACCCCUCUUGUAAGACUUGUACAGGGCCGGGUAAGGAGGAGUGUAUUCAGUGUGCAGAGGGCUUCCUGCAGCAGCAGUGGAAGUGUGUACAGACCUGCUCUCCUGGUUUCUACCCAGGAGAGGCAGCAGGAGUUCCUCACAGGAUGUGCCACAGGUGUGAGGAGAACUGUGUGACCUGCAGUGGCCCUGGAGCCACCUGUACCAGAUGCAAAGAAGGCUACAGCCUCUUUAGCAGGACUUGUGUUGUGAAUGCAUCCUGUAACAAUGCUGAUGAGGUCUUCUGUGAGAUGGUCAGGUCCAAUCGGCUCUGUGGAAAGAAGCUUUACCGCCAGUUCUGCUGCCGAUCCUGUCUGAUGAAUGGAUGAGAUUUGGUUCAUUUAUUCUUUCAAACUGAUAUUUUACUGCAGUAUGUGAAAUGUAGGCAAAUAUUCUGCACUAAACCUGCAUUAUACUGAACAUGUCCAACACAACCAUCAUGAAGAAUGUACUUUUUUUUUUUUUUACAAAAAUAUGACAUUUGAUUCUGCUAUUUCCCUUACCUGUUUCAAUCUUGUUUUUAUAGGAGAAAUGUUUUCAACCACAGCCCUAUGUAAAUGAUAAAUCAGGGAUUUUUAAAGCUUUUUUUAAUAAUUAUUUAAGCAUCUUUCUGACUGACCAGACAGGUUGGAACUGAUAGACAGGUCACAAUAACUCAACCAGUCACUCAGUACAACUGAAGUAUAUAGAAGAGCAUCUCUGAGCAGACGGCACAUUAAACCUAGAAGCAGAUAGGCUUCAGCUAAAGACGACACCAGCUGCCACACCUGCCAACAAAGAACAGCAGUCAGAGGCUAAAGUUCUAAGGAGGCUGAAUUUAGCACAAAGUGAAAGUCUGCUAGACCACCAACAACCAUAGCAGGUAUACCUAAUGAAGUGAUCAGUGAGUGUAGAUGUAGGUUUGAAUGUCCAAUGUCAUAUAAGAUAAGGAAGUGUAAUCAUAAAAUAAGGCCAGCUGAAAGAGCUCCAGUCAUACCAAAGAAUCAGUGUUGUUGACACCGCUGCUGAAGUUCAAGUAAAAACUCUGGCUGGCAGUCAGUCAAAUAUCCUAUAUGGUCUUAAGCUGUGUAUGCUCUGUUUUGGGUCUGAAGUGUUUUGCAGAAAACAUCUCUUAACAGAUGACUGGUCUGUGUUUUUAUUUGCUGUGGUGCUGUAUUUUUCAUGUUUCCAUCCUAAAUGUUCUCCUGGAGUCUCAGCUUAGACUAGAGCAUCUGUGUGCUUUGUGUUUCCAUGUAAAUCUAGCACAAAAAGUUAGGAAACUAGUGUCUGGUAGAUUGUUUCUUUGUUGUAACAGUCCUUUUUUGGCAAUAACUCUUAUACCAUUAGAAAGCCUGUUUAUUAUUAUUAUUAUUUUAUCUUUUUUAAAUUUGUGUUAUGUGGAGGCUGUAUUCAAAAAAACAUGAUAGAACAGCACUUUUCUGUUCCAUUAAAGUGACAUGUUUGUAAAGUGUCCAACA